AUGGUCGAGAUGUAUGAGUCGUUUCUACGGCUGUUGGAUAACUCGCAGUUGAUAGAGCAUAUCCAUGGCUUAAGCCAGGGGAGCGAUCAGAGAAAUUGGUCGUUUGAUGAGACUUCAACUCCAGCGCCAGAAAAGAAGGUGGUUAAGUUGGACCUGGUGAGGUCUACGGAGUCGGAUCCCUUUGAUGAUGAUCUUGAUAGCUUUUUGUUGAAGUUUCAGCCUGACAAAGCAGAAGAUGAGCGGCUGGCGCCUGCCACCCAGGAAGACGCGGUUGCGUCGUCUAGGACUGAGAGUAACGAAGAGAUACCUGGAAAUCAGCUCGCCGGGAUAAAGAAGACUCUUGCUGGGGAUUCUCCGGAGGAUAGUGUGGUAGCCACUAAUGACGCUGCUGCAGGCGAUGAGGUCGAUGAUGAUGCCUUCGACGAUGGCGAUACAACGAUGUUUGCUGAUGUGGGACCUUUGCAUGAGUUUGGUGACUACGGAACGUAUUUCCAGAACAAGCAUCUCAAACAACAGAAGGCAGAUGCUGCUUACAUUGAAUGGGAAAAACAGCGACGCGCCGCUUCAGGUGAAGAGAUUGAGGGCAAAGAUAUCUUCGCCGGCUGCGUUAUAUUCGUGAACGGUAAUACGGUUCCGUCGCUCGGUGUUAUUCACAAGUUGGUCAUUCUCCAUGGGGGCGUGUUUCUCAAUUAUCUCACAAGCAAAGGUGCUGCUACUCACAUCGUGUGUGAUAAACUCACCCCGAGAAAGCGCAUUCAGUUUCGAAAUUACCGAGUGGUCAGAGCUCAGUGGGUUGCGGAUUGUGUCAAGGAGAAAAAACUCUUAAACUGGAGAGAUUAUAGGCUCAUUGAUGAUGUAGACUAUGAUCAAAAGCGACUUGGGUUUGCUGUCGCAGAUGAGACGACAUUACGCCCGGAAGAGCUUGCCGAAGUGGAAGGUGAAGAGCAUUUUCAUCUGCAAAUUGAGGAGCAAGUUGAGCACGAGCAGAUGAAGGAUGGUUUGAUUGAUAGUGUGGAAGUACUUGAACAUGAUGAGAUGAAGCACGAUGACGGCCUUCUCGAAGGAGAACAUCGCUUCGAAGAUGGAAGCAUAGAAGAGACGGCUGCCAAUGAGUCCUCUGAACCCAUGGAUGCUUCAUCCCCUAAGAACUCACCGCAUGCUCGUACGCAGAGUCAGAUGGUUGAGCUUAAGUUGGCGCAGGAUAGAUCUCAUACGUAUGCUAUGGAUGCUAAGCAUCCAGACUUCUUGAAGCAUUUUUUUGCAAAUUCCAGACUUCAUCACUUGAGUACCUGGAAAGCAGAUUUGCGAGCCAGAUUUUUAAGAAUGGUUGCAAAACGUGCCCAGGAGGAAGGUCUUAUUAAAACAGAAGUAAAAGAUGCUGCAAUUUCUAAGCCUUCAAGUGAUAAUAUCGUGCUUCACAUUGACUUUGAUUGCUUUUUCGCUCUGGCUUCAGCUUUGUCACAUCCUGAACUUGAUAUGGCUAGGGACCCAAUCGCUGUUUCGCACGGAGGGAAGUCGUCUGAUGUUGCCAGUUGCAACUAUGUUGCAAGAAAACUGGGAGUCUCAAAUGGUUUGUGGCUUGGCCGGGCCAGAGAACGUUGUCCUCAUUUGAAGGUUAUCGACUACGAUUUCAACACGUACGAGAAACACUCCAACUCCUUCUACAAUUAUCUUUUAUCGAAAAAGGUGUUUGACUCAAUCUUUCCGAUACUGAUAGAUGAAGCUUUAGUUGAUGCAACAUCAUAUUGCAAAGGCAAGGAUGCCUCAUUCAUUGAGAACCUUUGCCAAGAAAUAAGGAAGGAUAUUCAUGAGCUUACCAAGUGCACAGUAUCAGUAGGAGCAUCCAAAAAUGUACUCCUAGCAAAGCUUGCCACGAAAGAAGCGAAGCCAAAUGGAUUUUUUCAUCUUUAUAAGGACAUUGAAGAGCACUUGGAAGGUUGCAAACUUAUGGACCUUCCUAAUGUUGGGUGGCACAUAAGUGAAAAACUCGCCAAUGAACUUCGAUUGGAUGUGAAUCCAAAAGAGCUCAUGAUUAAAGACGUCAAGUCUCUCACACAGAGGCGUCUUACUGAUGUAUUAGGUGAAAAGCUUGGUCGGAAAGUCUUUGAGUUGUGUCGUGGUAUUGAUCAUACUUCCAUACUCCUUGAUCUAAGCAGCAGUGAAGCUUUACUUGGGAGAAAGACGGUGUCUGUUGAUGUUAACUUCGGUAUACGGUUCGAUACUUUUGAUCAAGCUGAAUUUUUUCUCAUGCAACUAGCGAGGGAACUCCACAAAAGGCUCAUAGCACUAGGUGUAUGCGGCUCAGUCUUGACUCUUAAACUUGCAAGACGGGCGCCUGAUGCUCCUAGAAUUACACCUAAAUUUCUCGGUUUAGGGAUUUGUGAUUUUUUCAGCAGAUCUUCGAGGCUAGGCGUGCCGACAAAUGACUGGGGAAUCCUUGGCUCUGAGAUGAAAGCUCUAUUUCGUGUCAUGAAUAUACCUGUUGAAGAUUUACGAGGCGUUGCUGUAAGCGUGGGCAAGUUGGAGGAUGUUGACGUUGUCAAGAAGCAGCGUCAGCAGCGCCUCGAAUUCAACAAACCUCGCGAUAAGAAGGUGGCACAACCGUUGCAGAGUUCACAGUUGAACCCUUACGCUGAUAGUGUUACCGGGAGUGACUCGAUCGACUGGAAUGUGUUCAACAUGCUUCCUGAGGACAUAAAGCGAGAGUUAAAAAGGAAAUUAUUACGAAGAGGAAUACCUGUUUCAAAUAAGGAGGUAAGCCCAACAAAGAAAUUAUCUGCAAGCGAAUCUGGUGGGAAAGUUUACCUUCAGCAGAUGUUUCCAACACAGGCCAAUGGACCGUUCAAGGUGACGAGGGUAAUUGAAUCACCUAAGAAGAAGAAAAAGCUUGGGAUCUCUCCGAAAAAAUCGGUGUCUCCAGUAAAGCCUCCAUUAUCUCCAACACCUUUUAAUGAGACAGUUUCAUACGACGAGGACGUUUUGGGGGAAAUUCCAACCUUAAUUCGUGAAGAGUUUUUCAAAGAUCUUGCUUGGCAACGAAAGAACAAAAAGCUAAACCCUGUCUCCAUGCGUGACAUGAUUGAAAAGAAGAAGGAGAAUAUGAGAGCCAUUGGAGAUAGUGAAAUAAAUGUGGACUGGCUACGAGCUCAACGUAGAGCAAUGAUUGUCGAGAGCAUCACAGGGGAGUGCUUUAAUCUUGAAGAAACAAUAGCACAAGUAAAGGACUGGGUCAGGCUGUCAAUGGUGCAUCGAGGUCCGCAUCCUGAUGAUGUGUCUGUUUUCACUCAGUACUUGAUCUCGCUAGCCUUUCAGGGUAACAUCAAUUUAUGUGCCGCAAUAUUAAGACACAUUGAGGCGGAGAUUCAAGUGCAAAUAUCUAUUUUGAAUAUGUGCAAAAAGGAGGACAAAGAGAGCGAUAUACUUCGAUCAGGUAUCGAAGACUGGCAAAAUCAAUUUCAUAAGAAUCUCAAGGGUGCUUUGCUCAUGUUUCUAUCUCAGAAAAACAUUAAGCUUCGCUACUAG